AUCACAGAGACGACAAUCUUCCAAAGAAGACGAUGGCUUCAAACUUCGCAGCAAUUCGCCGUUCCAUCGCUCCUCUUCUCUUUCGAGUGAUUGUGGCUCAUCAUCCUAAACUUUCUUCGAAUUCCAUUGCACGCCAUUCCAAUUCUGCGUUCAAAAAGCGUACAAUUUUUUUGUCCCUGUCCUGUUGGUGUCGGGGUAGCCGAUCGAUGACAACCGAACCUUGUUUUUUGGUUUCUUCGGUGUUCAGGAUUUUUCUUCGCCAAAUUUUUGCUCACCUGAGUUGGCUUCAAGUCUCUUCAACCUCUUUUGUUUUGCUUUCACUGCCAUUUAUGGAUUCUUGUUGUUACAUGUGGCUUCCAUAUCAUGAUAAUUGAGUAGAAGGGUUGGAGGUGGAGAACCUUUUUAACUGGUUUAGUAACUGAGGUUUCAAAGAACAUGAAUUACUUUCUUGAAGGUUUCAAGUUGGCUGGGCUUAAUGUACACGACUGUCCCAUCAGGGGGUCUACUAAUGCUACUUUUGGAAAUGCAACAGAACUGAUUAUAUCAAUUUUGGCACUGAAGUCAAAUGAUACGUGCUGUUCAGCUAUAAUUACUAUCCUUAAUUAUGUCGAACAUGUUCCUGGUGCUUGGUUGUGCAUUCUUCUUUGGUGGGAUUGUUUUCUAUGAAAAAGGUCUGUUGUUAAUGGCUGUCAUGGGCCUGCUUUUUACUGCCCUUCUUCACUACAGCCACAGUGAAUCCCAUUUUGGGAAGUCGAAAUUGGCACUCGAGAUUCAGCAGGAUAUUUCUCUGGGCGUAGCUAUCGGAUCAUCAACCCAGAUAUCUAUGUUCGGGAUUCCUUCCUUUGUCGUAACUGGGUGGAUUAUGAGACAACCAAUGAACUCGAACUUUGAACUCUUGUAGUCGGCGACUCUUAUAACUGUAAUUGUCGUAACUUUCUUGCUCUAGGUAUGUAAUCAAACCCCCUUAUUUGUGAGAGUAGUAAAAUAAGUCACUAAGUGAUUGAGGGAGGAGAAUUGUCUGUAGAUUUAGUAGAAUAAGUUACUGACUUAUGGAGAAACUACAAGAAAAUUGGUAGUAGUAGUUGCCAAAUUGUAUACUAAGUUUUAUACUUUGAUUAGGAAGAUUGCAAAGUUUAAGAAGUUAGUUAGUGCCUUCUCUCAGUAAAUACUCUUUUCACAACAACAAAGAGAAUUAAUGAGCAUAAGUGCUUAAGGUUCCUCUAUUCAAAAGCUCUCUCCCUUCACGUUGUCCUUUUUUGGUUAUUUCAUUUGUUUCGACAUAUUUCGAUUCAUAUCGGCCUGUUUUAUUAUGACCCUGGCCUGUUUUAUUAUGACCCUGGAAAAGAGUCAACGAGUGGAGGAGAGAGAAAGAUGGGGAGAGGUAGAGAGAGGGUUGACCUGGUGUCUGAAGAGUGAGCUACCCACCAUCUCACACGCUCAAUGGCGUUGAAUUUUUUAAUAAAAUCAUGCACCUUUGAUGCCCCUCUCUCUCUCUCUCACUCUCUCUUUUUCCAUAUAACCAAACCCCAUGCAAUCACUUCUCAUUUCCCACUCUCCAUUAUAUAUAACAAUCCCAAUCUACUCUCUUCCCAUAAUACAAAAAGAACACCCUCUUUUUCUUUGUCUGAACAAAAAAAAAAAAAAAAAAAAAAAAAAAUUACUGAGAAAUACAGAAAAGAAAAGAAAGACAAAUGGGCAGAAUUCCGUGCUGUGAGAAGGAAAAUGUUAAGAGAGGACAGUGGACUCCUGAAGAAGAUAACAAGCUGUCGUCCUACAUCGUCCAGCACGGCACUCGAAACUGGCGCCUUAUCCCCAAGAAUGCUGGUCUCCAAAGAUGUGGGAAGAGCUGUCGGCUACGUUGGACUAAUUACCUUCGCCCUGACCUGAAGCAUGGCCAGUUUUCUGAUAUGGAAGAACAAACUAUUGUCAAGCUACAUUCUGUCGUUGGCAACAGGUGGUCAUUGAUUGCAGCUCAGUUACCUGGUCGAACCGAUAAUGAUGUCAAGAAUCACUGGAACACUAAGUUGAAGAAGAAGCUAUCAGGAAUGGGCAUUGAUCCAGUCACUCACAAGCCAUUCUCCCAUCUCAUGGCUGAAAUCGCCACCACUCUGGCUCCUCCACAAGUUUCCCAUCUUGCCGAAGCAGCGCUCGGCUGCUUCAAAGACGAAAUGCUUCACCUUCUUACAAAGAAGCGCGUCGAUUUCCAGCUUCAACAAGCUAACGUACCGCCCGGAAGCACGACAGGAACGUACAUUCACGGCAAACAAAAUGAGAAAGAUGGUACUGUUGAGAAUAUCAAACUUGGUUUGUCAAGAGCCAUUCAACAGCCUGAUCUCAUCUCCCCUUAUAAGCCUUGGAAUUCUACUGAUGCAGUAGGGACAAGCAAUUGUUUUCCUGCAUCAACGUCGGAGUUCCAAUACGCUCCACUGUCGUUCGGGACCGAGGGGGACGGGUCAUCAUGGAGCCAGAGCUUAUGUACGGGAAGUACGUGCACGGCCAAACAACAGGGGCAACUGCAUGAAAUUCUUGAAGAAACAGAAGAAGAGCUAUCAGAGAGUGGCAAAGAGAUGAGAAAUAGGACAAGUAUUUUCAGUUCAAACUCAGUGUUGUGGGAUUUACCAUGUGAUGAUCUGAUGAAUGCAAUAGUCUGAGGAAGAUGAAAAUAAAACAGAAUUUCUAAAUCAUUCAACAAAGCCUUACAAC